AUGUCUGACUUACUUACUGACGAUGCUUGGCGCCCGAUUCUCUUUGCGCUCUUCAUUGCCGGUAUUGAAAAGGAAAUUUUACAGGGUUGUGAAAUUGGUAUAUUUGCAGAUGAUAUUAUUAUUUGGAGUUCUGGCAGGAACAUAGAUGCAAUUGAAUCAGAACUAAAUAACUCAUUAAAGGGAAUACAGCGUUUUGCUGGUCUUCACAAACUCAACUUUAAUCCAAAGAAAUCGGUAGUGAGUUUCUUUACCACAAACAAACGUCUCUAUAAUUACCUACCUAAGAUUGUUCUAGAUGGUCAUGUUCUUAAGUAUGAAAAAUAUCCAAAAUACUUGGGUUUUACACUUGACCCCGAGAUUACCUGCAACAGACAUAUCGCCAAUCAGGUGGAGAGGGCAAGAAAGAGACUUAACAUCUUGAAAUAUAUUUCUGGCCGCGACUGGGGAGCAGAUGCCAAUACCCUAAGGACAACUUACACUUCCUUUAUCAGACCAAUGCUGGAAUAUGGAUUCCAGAUUUUACUGACAGCUUCUGUUGGUAAUUUAAAAAUGCUUGAAAGGAUACAGCUGAGUGCUGCACGGAUCAUUACAGGCUUACGUAAUAGCUGUCCUAAUGAGAUUGUCCUAUACGAGGCUAAUCUCCAACCAUUGUUUAUGAGAUGGACUUCUAGCACCGCAAAAUAUUACAGCAAGCUAUACAGCUAUGGAGACCAACAUCGUACUUCUACCUACUUCAUGAAUUGGACAGAUGUCCAGAGAUUAAAAAGAGACAGUCCCUUUUGCAGGGCAGGUAAAUUGAAUCUGCUGUUCCCUGACAUAGAACACUGCUCGAUAGAACCAAAUAUAGACCCACUGAAAGACCUUCCGAGGGUUUUCUUUCACGAGGAACUUUUGGCCUCCAGUAGUAAGAAAAAUCAGCAUCCAGCACUUCUUAGACAGUUGGCACUGGAGACAAUCCACAACACCCCAAAUGAAGCAGUACAUAUUUUCACGGAUGGAAGUAAAUUUGAUAAUGGCAACACUGCUAGCGGUGUUGUCAUAAAAAACCAAGAUGACGUUACAAAAAUUAAAAGGCGUAACCCAAACCAUUGUUCAGUUUUCAGAUCAGAACUAAUCGACAUAAACGCGGCUCUAGAACACAUGAUUUCCAUUGAGAGUACAGAGAAUAUCUGGAUUUUCACGGAUAUUAAUAGCUCAGUUCAAUACCUGAGUUAUUGGCAAAGCAUCAGUGACAGAAUUGGCCUGAAUAUCAUCGACAACUUGAUGACUUACUCUUAUCACAAUGAUAUACAUCUUCAGUGGAUCCCCUCCCACGUGAACCUUCACUUUAAUGAUCUGGCCAAAGAACUGGCCAAGGAGGGCUCCAAUGAUCCCAUAGAUAGUAGUGGCCUUCUAACAUACAAUGAAAUCUAUGCAAAAGUAAAGGCCGACAAUAAUAGGACUUGGAGGAUUCCACCUAGUCGUGAAUGGUAUCAACAAAAUAAUCCUGGGGCUGCCCUGGAGCUAAAAGGUGAUAGGAAACUACAGACAGCUAUCACAAGACUAAUCACUGGUCAUACCCGCGGACUAACAUUUGUUCAGGGUCAAAAGACGUUCCCUUCAUGGUCUCAUGGACUUGGUCUAGCCUUGUUCUGGGCCAAGAGCAGGGGUGAAAGAAUGUCUGUCUCUAGCGAUAUCUCAUACGUGACAUUAUAG